AUGCAGGGCGCUUUCUCUCCCGUCGCUACGGCAGCGACUAAACGCACUCCGCAUGAGAAUUGCUGUGAACAUCAGCGUAGUCAUCAUGCAGCGGGGCGACGACACAAUACCGUGGCAGCGCCGCAGUUGAAUCCACAUGAUCGUCGUCAUUGUGAACAUUUCAUGCAAAAACAACAACAACAACAACAACAACAACAUGGUCAUCAUGUAGUGACGCAUAUCGAGCCUUCAAAUACUACUCAUGGUGUGCCUCUGUUACCGCCUCAUAUUCACUCUAUGCUGUACCACAGCAUUGUGGGAUACACGGCGGAGUCUUCAUUGUCAGAAGGAUGCGGGGACAACGUGGGGAACAUGAAGAAUUAUCUUUCCAUUCCAACAAACUGCUUGCACACUCCAAGCCAAAUACGCUAUCCGCUACAGUCUCAGACUUCAUGCGAAUUUUCUGCUUCUAUGCAUUCCAACGUGGGGGGUCCAGCGUCUCUUUCCUCUGUGGCUGCGAAGAUAAUUCCACCCCGAGCAACCGUGAUAACGCCCUCGCCUUAUUCGGAGAAUGUCUCGGUUGGUAAUUUCUCUGCCUCUCCAUCCACCACACGAGGGUGUCAAACGACAGACACGAAAAGGAAACUUUCCAACUCACCAGUGGUAUACUCGCCAGGCGCGAGUCCUUCAAAGGGUUCAGGAAUCCCUUCCACAGAGUUCACGGUUCGGGCACUGGAGCGGGAAUUGAGGGCCGCUGAGAAGGAUGAGUUGCUUCAAGUUCUUUUGGAGUUGAGCAGUUGCAACCCAGAGGCGGCUACGUUUAUUCAAAGCAAAGCUCGUCUGUUUUCCUUUCGACAUACCACGACGACAGGAGUCAAAAAGGGCGAGAAUACGGAAGAUGCUUCUGGAAUGGACAUUUCGGGAACAAACAAAACCACGGCAACAUCUGUCUCGGCAAAAACUUCUCAGCAGCCACAGCAGGGCUUCAGUUUUGGUAUUAUUGAUCGCUGCUCGGGCUUGGUACAUGUAACGCCCAGCAAGCCACUGGCGUUUGAGGAGGACACUUCUUUCUCCAACAGCUGUGAGAAGGCUGCGUCAAUGGGCGGCACUUCGCCAAACAAUUUAUCUUCUCGCAAUCUAAGCUCGGCGCAGAUGCUUUUACAAACUCCGCCCAAUCAUGGUGUUACUUGGGCGCGUGGGGAAAGGAGAUGCGCAACUUCCCGGACUGUCGUCGUAGAUGCCUUUGUGAAGGCGGAGGAUCGCCCCUGGUGCGACAAGGUCCAUCCGUGCUUGCGCUGGUACGGAUCCUGUCGAUACCCGACGAGUUGCCCGUUUGUAUCGAGUCCGCAGAGUCUUUGCUUGAACUGGGUGCGGGGCUCGUGUGUGGCGGGGUCCGAGUGCAGCGGCGUUCACCGGCUUCCUGACGCAUGUCCCUCGGAGGUGCUAACCGUAUUUGAGCUUUGCCAUGGUGCCGACCGCGGUGCCGUGGCGCAUGAAAAAUUACAACGACAACCACACCAGCAACAGGAUUCUCAACAUGGUUCGCAUUAUAACCAGCAGCCGUGCAUCUAUACCGAUUCCAACCUGCAAGGGCGCGAUGGCUUUGACACACCGAUAGGGCAGCUUAUUUCGGAUGCUGCUGGUAUACCUGCAAGCCUGGAGCAUUAUUAUCAUGAGUUACAUUACAGUAAAGAAAUCAAUUUCCCCAACCAACAGCAAAGUAAAGAGGAUGGCUUCUGCCACUGCCGAAGCUGCCGCACCCCAUGUGAGGAAUUCGAGUUGCUGGCGGGAAGUCAAGAGGAACAAUCAUGGAAGUCAUCAAAAUAUUUACCACCUCCGGUAGCGCAACCUGUACCGCGCUGCUUAAAUGACAGUUUUGCUGCCGCAGAGUCUUCUGAAGGCAGGAACACACCGGGAGUAACGGAGAAAUCAAUUUGGAGGGAACCUACUCAAUUUUUGACAUGUCAGCCUUCCGCUGCAUGUGGGGCCGAAUAUGAGGAGGAAGCUUCGGAAUUAUAUCCUCCUCACAACUCACGCACACGUAAUCAGUCUCCCGUGUCACCAUAG